UCAUCACAACAUCAGCUUACACUGCCUGGCUGGAGACUGAUGCGAAAUAUAAGAACAGUAAUUUUGCUGCUGGAAUCAUAAAUUUGUUCCCACUGCCAAACUUUGGUAAGUAAGCACCGGCGGACCGUAAGCUGCUGCCAACAUCAACACCAGCACGGUUGGUUGGAAGUUUUGGAGGGGGGAUAUGGACGGUAUCCGCGCUCCGGUCGGUGGAUGAGACGCAACGAGGAGCAGUGUGAGGGCUGGUCUGAGCGACCCUCAGCAGCCAGCAGCCUCAUUCUGCGCGCAGGCUGAUAACGGAACACACCCCCUGGAGAAUAUUUGGCACGUGUGGAGCAUCUGUUCAGCACUCCUGCUCCCUCUCUGUUGGAUAGAAACUGCAGCUCUGAUUUCUUUUCCUCUUCUCUCUCGCAUCGAUUGUGCUGCGGCAGACAUGGAGGAUCAGGGCCGGAUGAUGCAGGCUCUCAGCGGCAUGACUCUGGCCGGACACUCGGUGCAGGGAACCGUCGGGCUGCCUCUGCCUCAUAUCCACGACUGUACCGACGGGGACCGACGCAAGCAGGACAUCGGGACUAUUCUACAUCAGAUCAUGACUAUUACGGACCAGAGUCUGGAUGAAGCGCAGGCAAAGAAACAUGGAUUGAACUGUCACAGGAUGAAGUCUGCACUCUUCAGCGUCCUCUGUGAAAUCAAAGAGAAAACAGGUCUGAAUAUCCGUGGUGCACAGGAAGAAGAACCUCCAGACACCCAACUGAUGAGACUGGACAACAUGCUGCUGGCUGAGGGGGUUGCUGGACUGGAGAAAGGGGGUGGAGGAGCAGUGGCUACAGCUGCAGCAGCUGCAGCGGGCAGCGUGGCAGAUAACUCCAUCGAACACUCCGACUACAGGGCCAAGCUGACACAGAUCAGACAGAUAUAUCACACUGAGCUAGAAAAAUAUGAACAGGCCUGCAAUGAAUUCACCACUCAUGUAAUGAACCUGCUGAAAGAGCAGUCACGGACACGACCCAUCUCACCAAAAGAGAUUGAACGCAUGGUGAACAUCAUUCACCACAAGUUCAGCUCCAUCCAAAUGCAGCUCAAGCAGAGCACCUGUGAGGCUGUCAUGAUCCUGCGGUCUAGGUUCCUGGACGCUAGGCGGAAAAGGCGGAACUUUAGCAAACAAGCCACGGAAAUUCUGAAUGAGUAUUUUUAUUCACACCUGAGUAAUCCAUACCCCAGUGAGGAGGCCAAAGAGGAGCUUGCAAAAAAGUGCAGCAUCACUGUUUCCCAGGGCGGGGGAAGCACCAUCACAGUGUCACAGGUUUCUAACUGGUUCGGUAACAAGAGGAUUCGGUACAAGAAGAACAUUGGCAAGUUCCAGGAGGAGGCCAAUCUUUACGCAGCAAAGACAGCGGUGACGGCAACCCAGGCAGCAGCUGCUGCUGUCCACAACAGUCAAGCCAACUCUCCUGCCAUACCCAACUCAGGCUUCCAAAUGAAAGAUGAGGAUUUCCAACUGUAUGCUGCUGACAGCAAAAACUCUCUGUUAACCAGCAUGAUCACUGGUUCUCCUGGUUCUUUUAACCUCCCAAACUCAGGGGACAUGUUCAUAAGCAUGCAGAGUGUUAAAGAGGCCUCUUACCAGGGUGCUCAAGUUGGAGCCAAUGUGCAGUCUCAGGUAGGAGCUCUGUACAGUACAAGGCCAAUAGGUUGAAAUGCCAACUAAAGAUCUGAACUUGGCACCUGUGUUCCUGACAUGUGACAUGUGUAUUUUACUGUUGUCCAACAUGUAUGUCUGGCCUUAUGAGAACACACUGGAUCACUGUUACACUACAGUCAGCAGAGCUUAUCAUGCUGUCCCCCGUGGGGGCCUCUCUGACCACGUCAUGGUCCACCUGAUUCCUACAUACAGGCAGAAAUUAAAGCUUUGUAAACCUGUUGUGAGGACAUCAAAACAGUGGACCAGUGAAGCUGCGGAGGAUCUUCAGGCGUGUUUGGACUCUACUGACUGGGAUAUUUUCAGGACUGCUACGAACAAUCUGGAUGAGUACACAGAGGCUGUGACGUCAUACAUCAGCUUCUGUGAGGACUGCUGUGUACCAUCACGCACCAGGGUGAAUUAUAACAAUGACAAACCCUGGUUCACAGCCAAACUCAGUCAGUUACGGUUACAGAAGGAACAAGAGUUUAGGAGUGCGGACAGCUCAGCAGGAGCCUGGGUAACUUCACAACUCCACACCUCUAUGAAUCCCUUCUCCUCCACCACAGUGACGACUCUCUGCCUCCAGGAGAGGGACGUCAACAGGCUCUUUAAGAGGCAGAACCCCUGCAAAGCAGCCGGACCAGAUUCUGUCUCUCCAUCCACCCUGAGGCACUGUGCUGACCAGCUGUCUACGGUGUUCACGGACAUUUUCAACUCCUCACUGGAGACAUGUCAUGUGCCAGCCUGCUUCAAAGCAUCCACCAUCAUCCCUGUCCCCAAAAAACCAAGGUCCACAGGACUCAAUGACUACAGACCUGUUGCCCUCACCUCUGUGGUCAUGAAGUCCUUUGAGCGCCUUCUGCUUUCCCACCUCAAAGCCAUUAAGGACCCACUCCUGGACCCCCUGCAGUUCGCCUACAGAGCCAACAGGUCUGUAGACGAUGCAGUAAACAUGGUCCUGCACUUCACCCUCCAGCAUCUGGACUCCCCAGGAACCUACGCCAGGAUGUUUGUGGACUGCUUUCAACACCAUCAUCCCAGCUCUGUUACAGGACAAGCUCUCCCAGCUUGCUGUGCCUGACUCCACCUGCAGGUGGAUCACAGACUUCCUGUCUGACAAGAAACAGCAGGUGAAGCUGGGGAAAAAUGUCUCUGUCUCUCAGACCAUCAGCACCGGAUCCCGCCAAGGCUGCGUCCUUAUCCUCUGCUCUUCUCCCUGUACAUCAACAGCUGCACCUCCAGUCACCAGUCUGUCAGGCUCCUAUAGUUCGCAGAUGACACCGUAUCAUUCGAUUUCCUGAGAAGGUGAUCGGCUGCAAUCUGCCAUCCCUCCAGGACCUGUAUGCCUCUAGGACCCUGAGACGUGCAGGCAAGAUUGUGGCUGACCCCUCCGACCCCGAACACGAACUCUUUGCAACACUUCCCUCUGGUAGGAGGCUGCGGUCAAUCAGGACCAAAACCUCAUGCCACAAAAACAGUUUCUUUCCGUCUGCAGCUGGCCUCAUUAACAAGGCCCGGAACCCCCACUUAAACUGACUCUUAAUCCCACCCUGUAUUUAUGCAUUACAUUAAUGCACUCCCGUUUUCUGUACAGUUUUCUUAUCUUUCUUAUCUUUAUAUAUUUAUAUUUUAAAAGUACUUCUUGUGUGAUUUUUGUGUGAUUUGUAUGUUUUUGUGUGAUUUGUAUAUUUUAUGCACCAAUGCACCAAGACAAAUUCCUCCUAUGUGUACAAUCCUACCUGGCAAUAAACCUGAUUCUGAUUCUGA